GGAGAACAGCUGAUGGCGUUGGUCAUCAACAAAUCCGAGACAAGUGGGCGAAAGUGGCUGCAGAGUUUCCUUUAUCGUUCAAAAUAGGCUUUUAUUCGUCAUGGAUAUUACAAAAGUCCCCAACGAACGCAAGUUAGAGUUGUGCCGAACAUAUUUCAGAGCUGGAUUUGCAUUUCUUCCCUUCGCAUGGGCUAUAAACGUUGUGUGGUUCUUCAAUGAAGCAUUCAACAAGCCUCCGUACGAGGAGCAGAAACAAAUACGAAGAUAUGUCCUGUUCUCGGCUUUGGGUGCUGCGGUUUGGCUAGUGGUUCUCAUUGCGUGGAUCACAAUCUUCCAAACUUACCGAGCACAGUGGGGAGAAGUUGCGGACCGAAUGAGUUUCAUAAUUCCUCUGGGGAAGCCGUAAAUUCCGUCAGAAUGGGAUUGUGUUGAGCAGAAUGGACAUGUUUUUGUAUUAAGGCGUAUUUCCUCUGUCCUUUGAUGGCUGGAAGUGAUUGAUAUUGAGUGUAGCAUUCUUGAUAUAUUAAGACAUAUUUAUACCACGGAAAUUAUCCACUAACAUAUUCUCGCAAAUAAAUUUUCAUACCCAAA